AUGAAUUCCAUAACUGUAACUCUCCAAGAACUCCAGGUUUUAUUCGCCAACGAAGGCCUUCACACUCAAACGAGUUAUCAGAUACCCAAUUAUCCUAACCGAAUCAAUCCGUUCUUAAUCGAUUCGAUUCCUGCAGAGAUAAGCAAAUUAAAUGGGACUAACCAUUUGCUUAUCGAUGACAAAGCUAAGUACAAGUCAAUGUGGAUACGUGCACACUCAUCACUAUGGAUGCUUUUAAGUCUCUUACUUCUCAUAUACUUGGGUCAUCUUUACAUGUGGGCCAUGGUGGUUGUUAUUCAAAUCUUUAUGGCACAUGAACUCUUCAAUCUACUAAGAAAGGCUAAUACUAAUAAUCAAGAUAAACGUCUCCCUAAGUUUAAGUUCUUGAACUGGCAUUUUUUCUUCACAGCAAUGCUAUACGUAUAUGGGCGUAUUCUGAGUCAGCAACUUGUGAAUACAGUUUCAUCAGAUAAAUUCCUAUAUAGACUUGUCAGCAACGUCAUCAAGUAUCAGAUGGUUAUAUGUUACUUCCUAUAUAUUGCAGGUUUUGUAUGGUUUAUUCUUUCACUAAGGAAGAGAUAUUACAAGUACCAAUUUGGUCAAUAUGCAUGGAUUCAUAUGAUACUCAUUGUUGUGUUUGCCCAAUCAGCAUUCACUGUAGCCAAUAUAUUUGAAGGCAUAUUCUGGUUUCUUUUCCCUGCAGGGCUAAUUGCUAUGAAUGAUGUUGCUGCAUAUUUCUUUGGUUUCUUUUUUGGGAGGACACCUCUUAUAAAGCUUUCUCCAAAGAAAACAUGGGAAGGUUUCAUUGGAGCUUCUGUUGCCACCAUGAUUGCUGCAUUUGCGUUUGCUAACUUCUUGGGUCGCUUCCAGUGGCUAACAUGUCCAAGGAAGGACUUAUCAACUGGUUGGCUUAAGUGUGACCCUGAUCCAAUAUUUAAGCCAGAGUACAUUCCUUUACCAACAUUAAUUGCUCAAUGGCUUCCUUGGAAAGAGAUAGCAGUUUUGCCAGUACAGUGGCAUGCCUUGUGGAUGGGACUAUUUGCCUCCAUUAUAGCACCAUUUGGAGGAUUUUUUGCAAGUGGUUUCAAAAGGGCUUUCAAAAUCAAGGACUUUGGAGACAGUAUACCUGGACAUGGUGGAGUCACUGACAGAAUGGAUUGCCAGAUGGUAAUGGCUGUUUUUGUCUACAUCUACUAUCAAUCAUUCAUUGCUCCCCAUGACUAUUCAGUUGAGAUGGUUUUAGGCCAGGUAUUGAGGAACCUUGAUAUGGAGGAGCAACAUGCUCUUUACAACAAGCUGGGGCAGGUAUUAAGAGAAAGGCGUUUCAUUCAAGAUUGA